CCGAAACUGAAAGUUAAAAUUCUUGCCGGUGGCGAAAUUUCUCAGUAAACCGUCAUUAAUUUCUAUAAAAAUCCACGAGUACGCUCAGACAAAACAAUUAAUCUACAAACAUUCAGGCUCUACCCAAGCAACUGUCAGACUUGACUAACCAAAAAGGAUGGAGGAAGAAGUAAAUCAGAAUCCUUGUGGUCAAUCCUGUCAGCCAAGACCAAGAAGAAAGCAUGCCAGUAGGUCAGCAGAACAUAAAGACAGCCUGAAAGAGUUGCGGAAAAAACCAAAGGCCAAAACAACUGAACUUUACGUCAAAAUCCAUGAUUUAAUCCAGGAUAUGGCACUGCUGGGGCGAGUCCUCACAACAAAGGUAAACCUGGAGGGAUUUCACCUUUUACCUCUUGAAAAGGAUGUCAUGAGAUCAGACACCUGCACAUACUGCAGCCUGAUCUGUCCAAGUAAAGAUCUGGCCAAGAGAUUGAAACAUCUACUGCUGAAGGAUCGGCACAUGUUUACACCUCUCAUUGACUGCAACUUUACAGGAUUUGACCAGAGCGAGGUCUUACAGAAGCGAGCAGAACAGCGUAAAGAGGAACUUAGACAGCAAGCACAAUUUGAGCUGGAAAAAAAGUCUACAAGAGCUUUAAAAGUCCAUGAAGAGAAAUUGCAAGCUAUUAUGCUUCAGAUUGACCAGGCUAAAGGUAAAUUAAACAACCUUUACACAGCCACACAGACUAAAGCUGAGAUUUCAGCUCUGGAAGCUAAAGUAGAUGAGAACAUCAGACAAAAGGAAGAGUUUUGUGGUGCUGUGGAUGAGUUUAGAAAACGUGUGGCAACGGCCCUGAACGUCACUAAUUUUGAGAAAACGGUAAAUGAAGCUCGCAAGCAGUUUGGCAUUGAAUGCUGUCGGUUUGAAAAGUCUCUCCCAAUGUAUGCCAGACGUCGGGACAUCGUCGAUCUUGUGAGAAGUAACCAAGUGUCCGUGAUCCUCGGUGAAACAGGUUCUGGGAAAAGUACUCAGAUGGUGCAGUAUCUUCUAGAGGCAGACUUCUGCAACAAGGGUGCUAUCGUGUGCACCCAACCGCGCAAGGUUGCCGCCAUCUCCUUGGCGACGCAUGUGUCAUCAGAACUGGCGACCAAUGUAGGUAAAGAGGUCGGGUACAAAGUCGGCAGCAAAUGUAGGACCGGGGAUUUGACCAAGGUUAUAUUUAUGACUGAUCACUGUCUGCUAAACGAGUGCCUUGCAGACCCCACCUUGAAAGCCUUUUCUUGCAUAGUUGUAGACGAGGCACACGAAAGAAGCCUGUACACCGAUCUGUUGCUGGGCAUGAUCAAGCGGUGUCUGCAAAAGAGACCGGAACUCAGGGUGAUCAUCACCUCGGCAACCAUCGACCCAGAAGUAUUUGUAAAGUUCUUCGGCAACUGCCCGGUCCUGAAAGUUUCGGGUCGCACAUUUCCAGUGGAUGUAGUUUGGCUAGAUGACAAUAACGAAGAAGACGAGUUUGAAAACUACAUGCAGAAGGCCGUGAAGAAGGCGGAGGAGAUCCAUUUGAAGGAAGCGCUCGGAGAUAUUCUUGUGUUUCUCACGUCGCCCUUGGAAACAGAGAAAUGCUGUGAGGCUUUUCAGCAGAGUUUGGCAGGACGGAACGACUUCCAGUGCUUUCAGCUACACGGCCAGCUUCAGGCUGAUGAACAGCAGAAGGUUUUCGAGCCUCUGGGUAAAAACAAACGUAAGAUAGUGUUUGCCACGAACUGUGCUGAGACUUCUAUCACGAUUGACGGGAUCAAGUAUGUGGUAGACACCGGUGUUGCCAAGGAGAUGCGAUAUGAUGCCAAGAAAAACAGCAACUGCCUGAGCGUGACCGUGGUCAGUCAGAGCUCGGCGGAACAGAGGAAGGGGAGAGCAGGUCGCACUGCGCCGGGCAAAUGCUAUCGUCUGUACUCGAAAUGCAGUUAUAAUGCCAUGGACAAAAUCACUCUUCCGGAAAUCCUUAGAACUCAUCUGGGACAGGCUGUCCUUAAACUUGCAGAGUUGGGAGUUGGACCGGAUAUGUACGACUUCGUUCAGUCCCCUAGCCAAGAAGCCAUUGAAGCUGCGUUGGAGUCGCUGGUGCAGCUGGGAGCUUUGUCUGCAAACCACCGAAUCACAGAAGAGGGGCGUUGGAUUGCAAAACUUCCCCUGGACCCACGGUUGGGGCUGAUGACAUUGAAGGGUAAAGCGAAUGGUCUUUUGUUCGAUGCUAUUGUCCUUGCUGCCUUAACGAACUUCGGGAGUGUUUUCUACAGGGGCACCACCACUGAGGAACAUGAGGAGCAUGAUAAAUCUAAAACCAGAUUCAGCCAGACCACUGGAGAUUGCCUGACCUCCUUAGCCGUGUACAAGGAAUGGCAACAUGUGCCUGAAAAAGAAAAAAACAGAUGGUGUGUUGCCAACAGCAUCAAUGCUAAAGCCAUGAGAUCCACCAGGGACAUGGCAAAUGAAAUAAUCAAGACUCUUAAAAAAGAGUAUAAUCUGGAAGUAGCCCAUGAGUUUUCGGACAAAGAAACAACAGAAAACUGUCUGAGACAUAUGAUUUUUGAGUGUUAUAUUGGCAACCUGUGUCACUAUUUAGGCAUGGAGAAGGCCGGAUACUUUGCCGCGCGUGUUUCAAGGCAAGUUCACGUGCAUCCUUCGUCUUCUGACUCCUUAGCUAGCAACCCUGAAUGGGUCGUUUACGAGCAGCUGAUUAAAACAUCGAGAGAUUUCAUCACAGGAGUCACGCCAGUCGACGAAUCGUGGCUUGCUGAUGUCGCUGUAGAAAAUGUCGGCCUCGAUGUUGAAGACAUCCGUAAGAAAAAAGUGAUGAAUGUGUUCACACAGGCGGCAGGAUCUCAUGCCUUCUUCUCGCUGGUAGGUCCUCGCUUUUGCCGGCUAAGAGAGUAUGAAGAUUUGGGGAGUAGCCAAGGCAAGUUCUCUGUUGUGGUGGUGGAAGCUAGUCGUGAAGUAAAAGAAGUGAAAGUUUUCUCUACAGAAAAAGCGAACGAGCGUCUCGUGAAACUACUGAAGGAGAGAGUGGAGCAGUCGGCACGAGAGCUUGCACGUGAAGACACCGAGCAGCCGGUCGGCAAAGAAGAAUCUAAUCUUCGAGUUGUCCUUGGGACUGGAGGAAAGGUGGUUGAGGUACUGAUGCCUGAUGAAAGUCGAAAAGUUUUCAUUCAUCGCGUGACAGAAAACAGCACGGAAGAACAUAUCUUGGCAAAGUUCCAGCAGUUUGGCGAGAUCCGACUGUGCAAAAAGUUUGACGAGGGCGAGAAAUGGGGUUUCCUGAUAUUUAAAACUGUGGCAGAGGCUAUCAACGCCGCGAAAGAGACCGGAGAUGACGAGGCUGAUGCUGGUGAGCUAGAACGCCGACGUCCACUGAAGCAGAACGCAGACUUCAAGGCUCGCCUCAAAUGGUGCCGCAGACCUUCCAGAGGAUUCGGCUACGCCUCCAUUUCGCCAGCUGAGUAUGCCACAUGCUUGUUGAAGAGAUGUUUUCAUGUCGGCAGUGACCUCAUCACGAUAAAGCCAGCACGGAAUCAGGAGAAUUCCUUAUACUUCCCCUCAUUACCGAGAGCAUUGAGCGAGGACGUGAUCAGACGUUCGCUUUUGCACGAGCUGGACUAUGAUGAAAAUACAAAAGGGAUCGUAGAGCGUGUUACAAUCGUUCGCCAGACACCAUACGAGACGACAGAUGCUGAGCUCAGGGAUCUCGAGAUGACAAUCAAGAAAACGUUUCAGGUUCAUCUUCCCUCUUCGCAGGUGAACGUUACUGUUAAAAUGCCUCCCUCAGCGAACUCUGUUUUUUUCAUAGGCGAAGCAACUUUUACCGACCCUAUUGACGGAAUACAGGCUUGCAAACGUCUUCAGACAGGAUUUUGCGUUAAUGAUCAACCCGUAAAUGUGGUUCCUGUAAUUUCUGCGACGAUUACUGUCCCCAUCCGGAUACUGGAAGCAGUAGAAGCAAAAGUGAAGAAAUCUGCUGAUGUCGGCGGUCGCAACUUCCUGCGAGAAACACAGCAGAAAACAAGCACUUACAUCACUAUCGACAGUCGACUGGGAACCAUUGCCAUCUACGGCACUGAGGCAGCCUGCACUCAGGUGCGAACUAGAAUCAACAACUAUCUUGACUUGGUUCAGAGUGGCACAGUGGAAGAGAUGACACUGAAGGGCGGAGACAGGCCCGCAGGUGUCUUGAAGGCGCUUCUCACGGAGUACGGAGAGGACCUGGACAGCUUCCGAGCCUCCUCGGGUCUCUUUGCUGUCUCAGUCGACUACCGAAAACACAAGCUGCGACUGACAGGAUCACCCGAAAGUAUCGAGAAAGCUCACGACAUAGUUAAUAAAGUUGUCGAGAAGAUGAAAAAGUCGUCGAGAAAAGAUGAUGAGGAAGACACCAUCGACUGCGUGAUCUGCCAGUGUCCCGUUGAAGCCAAGGAGCUGUACCGCCUGGAGCUGUGCGCUCAUCCUUACUGCCUGGACUGCCUGAAGCACCAGUGGCGGUGGCCGUCACGACUCGUGGCCGUACGCGAUCUGACCUUCUUGACCCGUCGAGGUGACGUCAACAUGUCGGCGCUGACCGCUGCUGCCCUCUCGGCGUUCGUGAUGCGUAGCGGAGGCGCCGCCCGAUUCUGCGUCACGCCCGACUGCCCCGUGGUGUACCGCACGACGGCCGAAGAGCACGCCAAGGUGUUCGUGUGCCCCGAUUGCAGCGUCCGACUGUGCACCGCCUGCCACCAGCAAGCGCACGACGGCAUGACGUGCGCCAUCUUGCGGGCCAACAAGGACGGCAGGCAGGACGUGGAACUGUGGGCCAGACAGGACCCGACACGACGUAAACCUUGCCCUGGGUGUUACACGCCGAUCGAGAAAACUGGCGGCUGCCGGAAGAUGUUGUGCACCGUGUGCAAAACCAUCUUUUGUUGGAUGUGUUCUAAAAAGUUUGCGUCAGAAGGCGCCUGUUACGAGCACCUUGCGAAAGAACACAGGGGGAUCUUUGGUGAAAAUUAAUUAAGAAGUAUAGAUCUUCGUUUGCGCGAGAAAAACCAUUAUUUUAUUUAUUUGGUACUUCUGCAUAAACAUGAAUUCUUUUUUUUUUUUUUAGUUUACUUCUUGUUACUCCUCGAGGAGAAUAGUGUCGCAACACUCUUUUAUUGUGUAUUAUGGCAAUUUUGUUGUUGUUGGGGUUAGGGCACUACAUUAUAAGUGCAAUGGAUGUGCUUUUAUGGACGUGCUUACUUUUUUAACACGACACAGCUGUCUAUAAGGGACUAAAAUAUUUUUAUCAAAAAAAAUUUGUAGAAGUGCACUUGUAAGGACACAAAAAAGACACUCACUGACUGAGAAGCACUGACUCUCAUGAGAUCAAGUCAUAUUGUUUGUUUACAGCUAUUUGCUGGAACAUGUUACACGUCACUUGCACGUUAGUGUAUGUGUAAUAUAUAUUAUAAUUUGUUAUUUGUGUGUUUUAGCUUUUUUUCUGAAAUUCAGUUUUCAAUCCCAAAAUGAUCGCAAAUUUCAUUUAUUUGCCAGACUGUGUUAAACGUUCAUCCUCAAUUGUUCCGUUCAGAGGUGGGCUUAGAGAGUUACUGCCCUCAGAAUAAACACCAUUUCCUUGUCAAACAGAAACAAUAAUUUUGUUCUGCGUACUGCCAAGCUUUCUGAUGCCUGUUACCUUUAUGGUUACUGUAAAAACUGACCUAAAGAAUGCAGUUUGGUAGGGAAUGACUUUGACCUUAACGAAAUGUGAGCGAAACGACUCCGAAGACAACAGCCUGUCAAACAGUUUUACUGAUCAUGAUGAUAAUUGUAUUUAGUAUUUCACAAAGCCUAACAAUCUCAAUUCGACAAAAAAUGUUAUCAACACAAAAUAGUUGUCAUUCCUUUUUAUAAGAUGGAUGGAUCGGUAGAGAGAUAAUCAUUGUGGAAAAAUUUAAUCAAGAAAAAUGCUAUUUAUGCUGACUAAAACAAAUAUUAAGUAAGCCUGCCUUCUGUUCUGUACAUUCCAAAGAUUCUUCCACUAUAACGUGAAAUUAUUUUGGCCGUGCUAUGUAUCAUAUAUAUAUAUCAGUUUAUCGCUCUUUUAAAACAGUUUAAUAAAGAGUAGAGCUUUUCUUAUUCUUGAAAAACAUCCUUUGUCAUUUGACAGAAGUAGGGGGGAGUAAUCCAUAGAAUAUGCUAUCUUUUUCAUCAAACAGCAUGAUGAUUUUAAAAUAUUUUUGAUAAGAGAACAUUUUGAAUGUAUAUAUAUGACGUCUGCUGCACGUGCAGGUUUUGUGUAAACCUGUUUAAACUUUCAAUCCUGUUUUGCAAAUUUCAUCAUACACUUGAUCGUGCAUGCACGCACGCACGCUCGCGCACACACUCACCAUAGAUAUAACUGUCUUUGAACAUGACAUGUAACAAUUUUAACACUAUUAGUCCCUUUUCUCUGUCGCUUGUUCUUUCUUUAUCUUUGUAAAACCUGUUUUCUUCCUGAAGAUAUUUACUUCUUCCUGAAUGGGUGUCGGUUUCUUAUUAAAUUACAACGUUUUUGUAAACUAUAAGUUAUUGAUUGGUUUUAUAAAUAGUUAUGUUCCAGUGCAUAUAUA